AAUACAAAGCGACGUGAUUUGCAGCACAAAUCAAUACAUAUAAAGUAUACAAAUUAAUAUUACAAAACAUACAAACUAUACAAACCAUACUGACAUUUUGUACAAAAAUACUAACAAUACAAACUAAUGUUACAAAACAUACAAACUAUACAAAUCACUGUUCUUCCUUCAGACGAUGUCUCUCCACCGCCGCCGCCGCCGCCGACUCUCUCUACAGCCGUCGUUACCUCUGUUUUCCCGGCAACAGAUCUACUUUCUCUCUCUUCCACCGCCUCCGUCGCGAUCGUCUUUCCCUCUCUCCAUCGUCGCCGACGCGGUUGAGAUCUCCUCGCCGUCGCCCCCCUCUCUUCCACCGUCGACGUCCUUCUCUUCCCGCUGCUGCUUUUCUCUCUCUCUCCUAUGGCCUGCAAUGGCGACGCAGAAGAGGAUGACUGGAGGAAAAAUCGCGAUCUCCUUUUCCUCUCUCCACCGUCGUCGGCGCCGUCGAGAUCGUCGACUUUCUCUUUCUCUCUCUCAUCCGCCGGCGUUGCGAUCUGUUUCCGCCGCCGUCGUUGAAAUCGCGCAUCUCUAUCCCCUCUCUCUCUCUCUGUGAACGUGAAAGAAGGAGACGGUUGGAGAGGAAGGAAAAAAUAAAAUAAAACUGAAAUUAAGAAUUAAUGAAUUUAUGAUAAUGCC